AUGUCUGCCCUGAUCCAGAGGUGGUACCGGCAUUACAUGGUGCAUCUGGAGAUGUGGCGGCCUUGUACCUGGAGCAUCUUCCAGUCCAUCGAGUAUACUGGGCAGCAAGACCCAGUGCAGCUCCAUGAUUUCUUCAACUACCUCAUGGAUCACUUCACUCCCAGCAGCCACAAUGAGAGGGACUUCCUGCACCGCAUGUAUCAGGAGACUGCCCCUCUGGACUCUGAGAUAGAGAAUACUAGUGCCUAUGAAUCCAUAGUGGUGCUGGACGACGACAUGGGGCCACACCUCUCUUUCCUGCUUCCUCCUGACCAUGUCACUGCCCUGCUGGAUGCUUUCAGACUAAAACAAGAAGGUUUGUCAGAGGAGAGCAGUGACAGCAGUCCUGGGUACCGGCCGCAGUACUACAUACUUCAGAUGCUGCCAAUUCAAAGAUUGAAAAGGAAACCAGAAAACACUUUUGAGAGGAAGGCAGCUGAUUUACUGGCUCUGUGGCCUUCCAGCUUCUUUGGAGCAGCAGACCUUAGACCCACAGAGAGCAUGUUGGCAUGCAUCCAACCUCAGGGGGUGCCUGCUGUUUCUGCACAAAGUCCAUCCACUCAGGUGCCUCUGGUGUUGGGGAGCACAGCUCUGAGCGGCCCUGCCCUCUCCACCCGGUCCAAAAUAACAGAGAGAAAUAGCGAGGCCUCUGUCCCUGGGAACUUGGGGACCUACUAUGGUAUGUCAGCCAGCUUUCCCCUGACAGCCCAAGUUCUCACUACUCCAACUACUCCAGGUGUUCCCACAAAGGAAGUACUCCACAACGUCAGCCCUCCCACCUUGUCCACAUCUAAAGAGCCCCGGGGAGAUGUGUAA